AUGAGAACAGAAGCCAUUGACGAGGUCAAUCAAAACAGAAAUAGAGGAAUGGUUCUUCCAUUUGAACCAUAUUCUAUCACUUUUGACAAAAUUAAAUACUCUGUUGACAUGCCACAGGAAAUGAAAGAUAAGGGUGUUUCUGAAGAUAGAUUGAUGCUUCUGAAGGGUGUGAGUGGAGCUUUCAGGCCUGGUGUUCUUACAGCUCUAAUGGGUGUUAGUGGUGCUGGUAAAACAACUCUGAUGGAUGUGCUUGCUGGGCGGAAAACUGGUGGAUACAUUGAGGGUACCAUUACAAUUUCUGGUUAUCCAAAGAAGCAAGAGACGUUUGCUCGUAUUUCUGGAUACUGCGAACAGAAUGACAUUCACUCUCCUCAUGUUACUGUGUACGAGUCCCUGCUCUACUCUGCUUGGUUAAGAUUACCUCCAGAAGUUGAUUCUAAAACUAGAAAGAUGUUCAUUGAGGAGGUCAUGGAACUAGUGGAACUGAACCCAUUGAGGGGAUCACUAGUGGGGUUGCCAGGUGUAAAUGGCCUUUCAACAGAGCAACGCAAGAGGCUAACCAUUGCAGUGGAGUUGGUGGCAAACCCGUCUAUAAUAUUCAUGGAUGAGCCGACUUCAGGGCUGGAUGCAAGAGCUGCUGCAAUUGUGAUGAGAACAGUUAGGAACACUGUAGACACAGGAAGAACUGUUGUAUGCACCAUCCAUCAGCCAAGCAUCGAUAUCUUUGAAGCUUUUGAUGAGCUGUUCCUGAUGAAGAGAGGAGGACAAGAGAUAUAUGUGGGGCCACUAGGUCGCCAUUCUUGCCAAUUGAUAAAGUACUUUGAGGGAAUCAACGGAGUGAGCCAAAUCAAAGAUGGCUAUAAUCCAGCAACAUGGAUGUUGGAAGUUACUUCUCCAGCUCAGGAAAUGAUUCUGGGGGUUGAUUUUGCUGAAGGUUACAAAAAUUUGGAACUGCACAGGAGAAACAAGGAUCUGAUUAGUGAACUAAGUUCACCUCGACCUGAUUCCAAGGAUCUGUAUUUCCCUACUCAAUACUCCCAGUCUUUCCUCACCCAAUGCAUGGCUUGCCUAUGGAAACAACAUUGGUCAUACUGGCGCAACCCGCCUUACACGGCGGUGAGAUUUAUUUUCACAACCUUCAUAGCGCUGAUGUUUGGGACAAUGUUCUGGGAUCUUGGCUCCAAAAGGACCAAUCAGCAAGAUCUGUUCAAUGCAAUGGGUUCUAUGUAUGCCGCUGUUAUCUUCCUAGGGGUACAAAAUGCUACAUCGGUGCGGCCAGUGGUGGCUGUUGAACGAACAGUAUUUUAUAGAGAAAGAGCAGCUGGAAUGUAUUCAGCAUUGCCUUAUGCCUUUGGACAGGUUGUUAUUGAACUUCCAUAUAUCUUUGCUCAAGCAGCAGUAUAUGGAGUUAUAGUUUAUGCAAUGAUUGGAUUUGAAUGGACAGUCGCCAAGUUCUUUUGGUACUUGUUCUUCAUGUACUUCACACUAUUGUACUACACCUUCUAUGGCAUGAUGACUGUGGCUGUGACUCCAAACCACAACAUUGCUGCAAUUAUAGCCUCUUCAUUUUUUGCAAUAUGGAACCUAUUUUCUGGAUUCUUAAUCCCACGCCCGAGGAUGCCUGUGUGGUGGAGAUGGUAUUCUUGGGCAUGUCCAGUUGCUUGGACAUUGUAUGGUUUGAUUGCAUCGCAGUUUGGAGAUAUAAAGGAAACCCUGGACACAGAUGUAGCAGUUGAAGACUUCUUGAGAAGUUACUUUGGUUUUAAACAUGAUUUUGUUGGAGUAGCUGCAGCCGCUGUUGCCGGGUUUGCUGUUCUUUUCACAUUCAUCUUUGCGUUUUCCAUCAAGGCAUUCAAUUUCCAACGGCGAUAG